AGCUUCUUUGCUUCUUCCGUCAUCUCACCGACUCUCUCUCUCCUCUCUCUUCUGCAUCUCAUUGAACAACAAUGGACGCCAUAACCAAAUUCUCAGUUUCUCACCGACCCUUAAUCCACCGUAUAGAUUAUUAUAACAGAUCAUUUUUCUCUAAACCCAUUUCAUCUUUCUCAUUUCCAUCUAUACCUUCACCGUCUUCCCGGAAGUUCACCAUAACUUUAACCUCUGCAACCCCUAAACCCCAAUUAACCACUCAAACCCUAAACCCAUUCCCUUCCUCUCUCCUCAAAGCCACCGUCCUCGCCGCCGCGACAUCUAUCGCGACAACCGCCCUCUUAUUUGCUAGGUUUAAUCUCAAACCCGCAAUUGCCGCUCCCAUCCUGCCGCCGUCGUCUGCAUCUGAAGAAAACUUAUCCGAAGACGAGUCGUUACUGGAGAAAGAGAAGUCUCUCCAAGCCUACGCAGAUGAAAACCCUAACGAUGUUCAAGCACUAAAGUAUCUCAUGGAAGCCAAAGUGAAGAACCAGAAGAUUGACGAAGCUAUUACCAUCGUCAAUCGGUUGAUAGAAUUGGAGCCAGAAGAAGAGGAAUGGCCGUUGUUGAAAGCACAUAUGCAUUUCAAGAACGACCAAGCUGAAAUUGCGUUGAAAGGGUUUAGUGAAAUAGCUUCAAAGGAUCCUCUUCGUUCGGAAGCUUAUCAUGGUCUUGUAAUGGUGGCUUCUCAAUUAGAAUCUGAGAAAGAAAUGAAGUCGAUUGAGGAGAGAAUAUUGGAAGCUAUUGAGAUUUGCGAGAGAGAUGAGAAGAAGAAAGAAGCUAGGAAUUUGAGGCUGUUGAUUGCUCAAAUUCGGGUUAUUGAAGGUGACUUUGAUGGAUCAUUGAAGAUUUAUAAGGAGCUGGUUGAAGAUGAACCUAGAGAUUUUCGACCAUAUCUUUGUCAAGGUAUAAUUUACACAUUGUUGAGGAAGAAAGAUGAAGCAGAAGAACAAUUUCAAAAGUAUAGGAAGUUUGUUCCUGAAGAACAUCCGUUUGUUGAUUACUUUGAUGAGAAUAUGAUGGCCACCAAACUUUUUGCCCAGAAAGUUGAGAAUGAAGAACGAUCACAGCAAAAUGUCUGACCCAGGUAGAUGAUGAUGAUGAUGGUGAUUCAGUAUUUCUUUCAAAUUCGCCAUUUUUGUGAUGAUAAUAAUAACAGAGUUAUGAGAACAAUUUUCAGCUAUGUUUCAUAAACUUAAUCUAGAGAUAUUGAGUGUUGUAAGUUUCUAU